UUCUACGCCAAGCGUUGUAACAUUUACGAUGGUUUUUUUUAGAUUGUGAUUCAAUUAUGCGUGCACGCGUGUGUGUUUUAUUAUUGUACGACGGACGACGUCGAAUGUUUCCGUCAACCGAGUAUAAUUACAAAAAAAAAUCACACAGGGAACUCUAAAGUGCAUGUCAAUUGUUUUUGUGGUUAGCAUGAAUUUUGUUAACACGAUCGUGGGAGGUGUUAUCGCUGGCAGCGAGGCCGGACUCCAGCUUAACAAUGUUGAAGUCAUCUACUCUAAGAUCCAGCGGGUCUACGUUAAACAGCAGCAAAAAGAGGAGCGCCAGCGCGAGUUACGUGUUAAUGUUGAGAUACACGCAGGACUCAGUCCCGUUUGUCGCAAGGCUCUUUGUGUCCUUUUGGCAGAUGACAAUGAUCCAUGUUUUUUGUAUUCAUUGUUCAUAACUGAUGAUGACUUCAAAGUGUUAAAAGCACAGCAAGGACUCUUAGUAGAUUUUGACAAUUUUGCAACACAGUUGAUAUGUCUUCUGGAACAAUGUAUUUCACAAUCAUCAGCUGUAUCAAAAACAUCUAAAUUUUUACUUCUUUUGUCAGAAGAAGGUAGUGAUUGGUCAUUCAAGCUUGUAGAGACUAAUAAUUUUAAACACCUUUGCCAUCUAAGCUUAAAUAUUGCACCUGCCAACGAUUCUGAUCUUAAAACUCACAUGGCUAUUAAAAUAAAAAGUUUAAAAGAAUCAGUUGUACAAAAAGAUAGAGACACCGCUAGCUUAGAAGUGAGAUUGAGUGAACUGUCAAACAAACUGGAACUAAAAUGUAAAGAGUUUGAACAAUAUGAGCAAAAAUGUAUCACCGAAAAAACUCAGCUCCAAUUAAGCUUAUCUCAGCAGACAAUUCAGGAAAAGAAUAGACUGACGCAAGCAAAGCUAGAGUGGCAAAAUGAAUUGGAGAAAGAAAAAAUGGAGCUGGAGUACAAGCAUAGCGAAUUGGUUAAGCAAUUACAUUUUGAUCUUGCUGAGUUAAGAACGCAAAAUGCAAGCUAUAAGGAAAAACAGUUGCUCUUAGAAGCAACUAAUGCAGAACAGAGCAAACGUAUCCAGGAGCUGGAUAAAGAUUUGAACUUUAUACAGCGUAACUUUUCUGUGACGAAAAGACAAAAUGCUAAGCUUGAUACUGAUUAUCAUGAAAAAGACAAAUCCGUAAACGUAUUGUCUACAAGGGUUGCUGUGCUAGAGCAAGAGCUGAAGGACAAAAUAGUAUUGAUCAAUAAGCACGCUGAUAUGAUUAAAACGACAAAGGAGAGCAAGCAGCGACUGGAGGAGCUGUUAUCUGAGAAGGACACACAGCUACAGCGAAAACAGGCAUCGCUCAAAAAUAUUAGUGAUGAACUAAUCAAAGCCAACGAAAUAAUUGGCAAAUUACAAAUCGAACUUGCUUCCGUUAAGUCUAAGCUCAAAUUGAGGACGAGCAUAGCUUUGGAACAGGAGCGUCUACUUAACAGCAAACAAAUCGAAAUAGGCCAGCUGGAGAGCAAAGUUGAGAUACUUGCCAAGGAAAGCCGUGAAGCCAUAGCCGAGGUAGAAAAAUGGAAAAACCAAGCUGAAUCGCUGCAGGCUCAACUGGAAGAAAAAGAGAAGGCCAUCAAGAAUAACGACAACGUGAUUAACUGGCUAAACCGUCGACUAGCAGAUGUGCACACGCCUUUGCAGAGUGCCACAACAGUCUUAACGACUGCCCCGAUUGCGCUGCCUUCGUCGAUUCAGCUUACGUUGCCGAGAACGAACAAAUUUAUGACUAAUCGAUUCGAGCCACGAGCUUCUGCUGGCUGCAACACAGCUACGGGCGCUCCGCAGCCUCUGGCCACCCUAUCGGGACUAACGCUGCGCAAUUCCAUUGCUCUCCCGAACUCAAAUUUACAUCUGCCCUCUGCCAGGGGCACAUCUAGAUCUACAGGUGUUGGUGUGACAGACAACGUAACAUCCAUCAUCACGAAUCUUAAGUCUGGUAAUCAGCUCACGAGUACGCCAAUCGAGCGCGCAGGCUCGCAGAACAAACUCACAAGCGUCAACACAAUGAUGCUAUCAGAUGGGAACGAAGACAUCAACGGACCUGUGUCUACAGUUGCGAUGAACAGUGGCACCCUGAAGCCCAAAAAUUCGUUAAAUACGCACCUAGGUGGUUUAAAACGAACAAUGUUUAAUAAGCCUCUACUACCGUCUUCUUACUUUCCCAAAACCUUACAAAAUUAAUAACGGAGAAGAUGUUUUCUUUACUUUUAAAUUAAUAGAACUUUUUCAUUUUUUUAUGUAGUAUAUAAAGAGUGUUAGUUUUUUACUUAUAGAUAAGAUAACUUAUAUCUGUACAUACUUGUUACUUGUGACUUCUGACAUAGUAAUUCAUGGAAAUUAGAUUCAAGCAGAGUGAUCAAAUAUCAGAUUGAAUGCAUAAAAUCAAUUUUUAUGAGCAUUACUGCCCCGAUAAAUGACAGUUAAUGAAUUCCAAUCAAAAUAAAUAAUUCUAUCGGCUUAUUCACUACACAGCUCCUGAAUUUGAAAAUGAUAAUGUUGUACAAAACAUUUUUCGACACGCCGUGCGCGGAGAACGAGACUAUGAGCCAUCUGUUGUAGCUCUAAAGAC